CUCUUUUUUUUUCUUUGCCCGAGACGGUUGGGUCUUCUGCCUCGGUUUGUGUAUCGAUCGACCAAUUAUCCCGGCUCCUUGGGGGCUUUCCCUCCUCUUCUAUCUACACGGAGGUAGCGCCGAGCCGCAUUUCGGGUGAACACACAAAAGGCAACAACGUUAUAACAGGGAGACAUUGGGAAGGAUGUUCGUAACUCCAAGUAAACGACAGAUGAUUGUUCCAGGUUCUUUCCUCCCCUCUUGUGUCUCUCUAUAGCCCAUUGUUUUCAAGGGGAUUAAAUGAGUCUUAGUACGGAUCUGUAAAAUUGCUCUAUUUGCUCGCCGCGCUCUUCUUUUCUUUAAAUGAAAAGCGCUACGGCCUCUUCUCUGGUGCUUCACUCCCGCGGUACAGCAGCCGAACGAAGAGAAAUAAACAACAACCCAAUAGUUGUCGAUGGUCGAAAUGUAUUUGUUGUGCCGUAGUAGUAGCCCCGGUAUAGUCAUGCGCUGUAAAGAUUUCGGUUGUUGGUGGUGGGUUCACGCAGAGGCGCCGAAGUAUAAACAGGAGAUCGGCGAAGGGAAUGCACCGCAGUCGCAACAAAUUCGUCAGUCACGAUCGAAACGGCCGUUCGAUAGCCUCGUCGUCGGCGUGAAACUAUUUUGUUGUUGUUGUUGUUUUCGUUUCUUAACUUGUCAGCAUUUUGAAUGAUUGACGACGAAAAUUCGAAACAAUUGUUUAACUUUCUGUUUUUUGUGUGAAUUAAAAACCUUGACGAUUGCCUCAGCCAUCACGGCGCAAUCCAUCAUCCUACAUCAGUCUGUGAUCUUUGACGAGAUCAGCCUUCCGGAUUUGAGCGUCGCCGAGUGCAGCACCAAGAACGCCAACCAUAGCUUCCAGGUCAUCACUCCGUUCCGCUCGCUCGUCUUGUGCGCCGAAUCAAGGCGAGAGAUGGAAGAAUGGAUCACGGCGUUGAAGGCAGCCGCCAACAAGGAAUAUUACGAUAGCGCUGAUCAUCACGAUUUCUUAUCGGGCCGGCAUAAUUGGUACGCUACGUCACACGCUAGACCCACCUACUGCAACGUUUGCCGCGAAGCUCUUUCUGGAGUUACGUCGCACGGAUUGAGCUGCGAAGUUUGCAAAUUCAAAUCGCACAAGCGAUGCGCCGUCAAAGCCAUCAACAACUGCAAAUGGACGACAUUGGCCAGUGUCGGCAAGGACAUCAUCGAAGAUGACGAAGGGAAUAUUGCCAUGCCACAUCAGUGGAUGGAGGGCAAUUUGCCCGUCUCGGCUAAAUGUUCCGUUUGCGACAAAACGUGUGGAUCGGUGCUCAGACUGCAAGAUUGGCGCUGCCUGUGGUGCCGGGCUAUGGUUCACACGGCCUGCCGCCCACAAUACCCCGUCCGAUGCCCGUUGGGUCCCUGCCGAGUCAGUAUCGUCCCGCCCACGGCUCUUCACAGCGUCGGCACGGACGAAGCUUGGGAUGCCGUCCGUCCGCAGGGUUGCAGUCCUCUGUUGGUCUUUGUCAAUUCCAAAUCGGGAGACAACCAAGGCGUCAAGUUCCUGCGACGUUUCAAACAGCUUCUCAAUCCAGCUCAAGUGUUUGAUCUAAUGAACGGCGGACCCGGCCUUGGAUUGAGGUUAUUCCGGCACUUUGAUCCGUUCCGGAUCCUUAUUUGCAGCGGCGAUGGAUCUAUCGGUUGGGUCCUUUCCGAAAUCGACAAACUCCAUAUGGAUAAGCAAUGCCAGAUUGGAGUGCUGCCACUCGGCACGGGAAAUGAUCUGGCGCGUGUUAUCGGCUGGGGCAGUGUUUGCGAUGACGAUGCCCAUCUACCCCAGUUGCUGGAACGCUAUGAAAAAGCAUCCGUCAAAAUGCUCGAUAGGUGGAGUAUUUUCACCUCAGAGCGGAGCAUGCCUUUACCUGCGGCCAAAGUCGUCCUGCCUUACGAGCCCAUUACCGCCUUUGAGGAUUCCAUUGUCAAUCACCUGAGCAAGAUUUUGCAAUCCGACGAACACACGUCCGUCAUUUCCUCUGCCAAAAUCCUGUGCGAGACAAUCAAAGAAUUUAUUGGCAAGAUGGCCGGUCUUCACGCGGCCGAUGACAAUGCGUCAUCGUUGGCAAGUGGUGAUGAAUCCAUCGCCCAGAAAUGCCGCGUGCUCAAUGAGAAGCUGGACCAACUUCUCGGUACGUUGCAUGAAGAAGCCUCACCCCUUCAUGUUGGCACUCCGCGGGCCAGUGUCGACGAAGAGGAAUCCCCUGAUAACGUCGAAUCUUCCGAACAUCCAGAAAUGCUGAAGACGUCCAAAGAGGCCAAAGAAUCGCGAAAUGAAGGCCGUGCUGCGCGCCAGAAAGGAGUGCGUAAAGUGAGAGCCAAAUUCAGUCAAAGAGAAGCGUUGAUGUCGAGAGCCAACAGUUUGAAGAAAGCCGUCCGUCAGAUUAUUGAACACGCUGAGAGGGCGCUGGACGAACAGAAUGGAAUCAUUCCGUCGCGUUCGAUGCACUCGACCAGUGCCAGUCAAACGUCCGGCAUGGUCAGCGGCGGAAGCGAUAUCAAAUUGAUUGUCACCCAUCCGGAUGAUUCGCCCGUCUCGGACGAGAAGACGAUGAAACAGACUUGCAGCGCAGCCGCCAAAUCCGCUGCCAUGCCCAUGGCGCUGUUGCAACUGUACAGCGCCAUCGGCGGAGGCGAUUCUUCCAGCGAGCCUUCGCCCUGCCCGUCGCCUAUUCCCAUGGCCCCAUCGCUGACUACCAACUUCCCGUUGCUGCCCACCUCUCCCAUCCGUUAUCCUAAUCCCCCCGUUUUCUACCGGAUGGCCACACCUCCCAACACUCAACCGCAAAGGCCGCGCAGCAGUUCCUCCUCACCACGACCGCCCUCUGCCGGCCGGAGUUGUUACGUUUCGCAUCAGGAGUCAGCAGAAAGCGAAGGCGAUGAAGACCGAUCGUCAGCCAUGCUCAGCCUGCAAGCGAAAUUGAACGCCAUAUCGCCAGUGCCCGACGCAUCGGAAACGCGGACGUCGUGCGAAUUUGAUUACUCGGCUUUAGCCCUGCCCGUCCCGCUGGAAUUCGCCGACACGGACAGUCUGCAAGAUGUACCCAUUGACGUCUUUGAUGAAGACACUGAAGCUCGCGACAACGUAGCCAGCGUGGAACUCGAUGAGGAACCGGCCGAAGUGGAAGUGAAGCCCAUCUUGCGGUCUCCGCAGCAGGUCAACAUCAGCGUGGUAGUCGAACCGCCUUCCAGCGAGGACAGCAGUCAGGCGAGGCCGGCCAAAGACGAGGCGGAGCAUAGCCGUCAAGCAGAACCGACGGAGUUGGCUGUCGAAGUGCAAGACGAAGACGAAGAGGAAGCUCUGGAAACAGCGGCCAUUGCUCGACUGGGCGAGCGGGUCGUCGAAGGCGCCGAAGAGCCGGUUGCCGAACGGACCAAUGCCGCUGCCGCAGCACGAGCCGACGUGAAACGUGCUAGGAGGCAUGCACAGACCACCUUUCUUACCACUUUACCACCGUACCCGGUCACCUAUCGCUCACCUACACCCACUAGUAGACUCACACCAACACCACCGAGCAUAUCGGUGUGUCACGAGCACGAACCGACGACCGUUUCACGGCCAGCGACACGGGCAACGGGCAGCGGCGAUGAAAUGAGUAGUCGCCUGCUCGCCGUGCCCGUGUCGCCAGCCACGUCGUCAACACUUCAACCUUCUCCAACAGCGUCGCGGAGGAUUUCAAGCGGCUCGACCUUGUUAGCCUCGGCCACGGCGUCCAUCGAUUCGACGGCUGGAACGAUGUGCGGGGCGUCGGUUCACGCUUCAUUGGCUUCCAUCUUGUCGUCUGUGGACAGCCAUCAGCAGCAACGGCCUCCCAGUCCGGACGAAUUGACGGCAGACGGGCAUCAGCAUUCCGGCAAGGAGAGAGAAGCCAUCAAUUCCGGCUGCGCUGCCACGAAGAAGCGGAAAAUGCCCAUCAUCAAUCCACUCGUUACCCUUCCUAUGUGGCCUAAUGUGGAGACGGGUGGACUCAUUAGUAAAGUGCUGCUGGCCAAUGCCGACGCCCUUUGCGCUGCCGUCUCGCCGCUGAUGGAUGUCGAGGAAGAUCCAGCUGACAUGAUGGACGAAAAAUGCGUAAUGAACUCUUAUUUUGGCAUUGGAAUCGAUGCCAAGAUUACGCUGGAUUUCCACAUGAAACGUGAAGAACAUCCGGAAAAGUGCCGCUCUCGAGCGCGCAACUACAUGUGGUACGGAGUCCUUGGCAGUAAAGAAUGGCUCCAAAAAACCUACAAGAAUUUGGAACAGCGAGUUCUACUGGAAUGCGACGGCACUCGCAUUCCUUUGCCUAGUUUGCAAGGAAUCGUCGUCCUCAACAUCCCAAGCUUUAUGGGCGGUACCAAUUUCUGGGGAGGUAACAAAGAAGACGAUUGUUUUAUUGCGCCCAGCUUCGAUGACCGCGUCCUGGAGGUGGUGGCCGUAUUCGGCUCCGUUCAAAUGGCCGCCUCGCGUAUCAUCAACCUACAACACCACCGCAUUGCCCAGUGUCACUCGGUGAAAAUCACCAUUCUAGGGGACGAAGGUGUUCCUGUCCAAGUGGACGGUGAGGCCUGGCUUCAGCCACCCGGAUUGAUCCGCAUCGUUCACAAAAAUCGCAUGCAGAUGCUCUGCCGCAACCGGGCUCUUGAACGAUCGUUGGAGGCGUGGCAAGAGAAACAACAGCGAUAUCAGUUGGUUGCUGGCCAUAAAAUGUUACAUGGUACGUCAUUAAGCGACGAUGAAAAUCACGUGCUCAUUACCUUCCUGGAAGCUACGACGGCUCUAGUCAGGUACGUCCGGUUGUUGGCCAUCAGCCAACCGGAUUUGGACCAGGAGCUGUACAGCCUUGCUACUCAAGCGUCGGCCAUGCUCGACAAAAUGCAUCCCGGUGGCAAAAUCAUUGAAGGACCGAGUUUACGCCUUCAUUUGACCGACUUGGUCAACAUCGUCCGCCAACUUCACCUGGAGACAGACCAUUUCUUGAAAGAGAGGGCUGCCCUCUACAACUUGCGGCCCAAUCAGGAGAAGAAACUAUCGUCGUCACUAUCGCACGUGGUCUGCGAGCUGCGCAAAUGCACCGACAUCAACGGCCUUGUGCACUUUAUCACGCCCGAAGAAAUGUCGGAAAAGAAAUCACGUGCCGUCAAAUCUAGUGGUGGUGGUGGUGGUGGAGGAGGAGCCGGAAGUAAUAGUGGAGGUGGUGGUGUUGGUGGUGGUAGUAGUAGUAGUGGUGGAGGAGGAGGAGGUAGUAGCUUAUUCCGAUUGAAAUUCCGCCGACCGGCCGAAUCGCGUUCCCGUUCAACCAGCCGAGGACAUCGCCACAGUGAAAUGGGAUCGUCUGAUAGCGCAGUCAGCGCUAGUGGAGUUGGCACUGGUGUUCGAAGUGCGGGUCCAGCCAACGCGUCGUCAUCGUCCGUCGAUCUUAGUCUCAAUGUCCAUCUCUGGGGCAACAGCGAAGUGGCCGUCUGGCUGGAAUCGCUGCAAUUGGAAGAGUACCGUGACGAUUUCAUCCGGCACGACAUCCGCGGAUCUGAGUUACUUACGUUAGAGCGACGCGAUUUGAAAGAGCUGGGCAUCCACAAAGUCGGCCACAUCAAGCGCAUCCAGCAAGCCAUCUUGGAGAUCAAAGAGAAUGCUCGUUUAUCUCAUCAAUCCUCUUGAGUUUUCUCUCACUCCACUUCUCUCCUGCGCCCCGUAGCUACCCAAAGGAUGGGGAAUGAUUCCGGUCUCAGCAUUCCUGCCAGCUAAUUCUUCUUCCUCCACUGUCGUCUUUCCUGAAUCGACGAUUACAAAUAGGGACCACGCAGCAGAGUUUCCGUUGAAAAUAGCAAAUAGAUGAAACAUCCGCGGCACAUAUCGGAUAUCCGGACAUAACAUCGUUAUAUGCAAAUCAGCAAUCUCUCGUUUUUUUUUUUUUUUUUAAGAUCCUGUUCUACACCUUUUCUUAUUUAAUGACCGAGUAAGUCGUUUUUGUCCGUUUUUUUUUUUGUGUUUGUUUGUUUGUUUUAAUAUUGCCGUAACGUUAGUAGAAAUUCCAGUUGGUUUUCUUUUGCAAUGUGGUGAAUUAGCGUCAAUGGGAAAUUUCUUUUUUUCUAUAUAUACUUCAAGUGUACUGACUUCGACGUAUUCUUACGUUGUUGUUUAUUUUUAAAAAUUGCCUCGUUUUGACCACGGAAAAGACAUAACUGCUGUUCCAUACCGUUUUUCUUUUUUGUGUUUUGUAUAAAAAGAAAAACCAAAAUUCUUGACAUUGUCACGCAGAUGCCUCCCCAUGUUGAGGGAGGGCCGAGCAUCCAUGUCGAGAGAGUAAAUAUGCAUCAUAUUAAAUAAUUUCCCUUUUUUUUUUCUUUUCGAUAUAUAAAAAAAAAAAAUAAGAAAAAAAAAAUCUUCUUUUGUAACCAAUGUGGUGAUGCUUUUGUUGUUGUUGAUUUCAUGUCGACGUCCUGGCCUUUUUUCGUCGUGACUUUAGUGUGUAUUUUUCCCCACUGUGUUCAUGCUGUGUCCUCCAUCUUCUGCUCUACGAUGUUCGUACUUUUCAAUUAAAUAACUGCAGUUGAAUGUUUAUCUAUGAUGUGUGCCUCAUUAACCAAAGUCUUACUUUUCGGCCCAACUCAACUGUUAUUAACAAGAAUAAUGACAUAACACAAACAUAUGCAAAAAAAAAGCUGCGCCGUAUUUCUCGAGUAUUUCGCUUGUCCUAACGUAAUUUAAAUUCAUUUCCCCUUUAUUGUCAAUGGAUUUGUGUUCCAGGGAAUGCAAAGUAGUUGCAUCUGUUCAUAAAUUCUUAUGCUAGUAUUCUUCUUCUUUGUUCUGAAACUUCCAUAUAUCUCAGCAAUGAUGUGCGGACCAUUAUCCACUUGAUGUCAUUCACCCCUUUUCAUUUUUCAGUUUUCUGAUGUUUUAGGAUAUAAUUUCGCUACCUUUGAUAAAAGAUUAUGUUAAAUCCCCUCUUCAUCUGAAAUUUUCGUUUCGGGGAUCAAGGAAAAGAAAAUUACUUGUUGACGCUUGCGUUCGAUUUCGCAUGUUUACAAUACUGACUAUUCGUUUAAAGAAUAUCAUUUGCUGCUAUAAAUAAUUCUGCUGCUGUAUAGGGAUGGGAUCUUUUUGAUCUAUCUUUGCGCUUCGCCUUUUUCCUCUGAUUUUGUAGUAAACAAAGAUUUUUGUACGUUUUUGUUAGAAAGUAAUUAAUUGGCCACACUAGCAGAAGACAUUUUUACCACUUGGUUUUUCUUCGACAUGGGAGGGGGCCAAUUCAGGAUGCAAAAUGCAGAAUAACUAACUCGUUGUGUACAGCAUAUGUUUGUCCUUGCUUCCUUCCGGUUUUACGUGGAAUUCGGAUUAUUCCUAUACCUUUUUUUUUCUUCGUUCGUUUGUACUCUCUAUCUUUAUCGACCUACCGUAUUUACAAUUAAACAUACAUGCAUACAACAGCCUCCAAAAAAACAAACAAUACUAUUUAUUGUGAAUUUCCUUGUAUUUUGUGUCUUUUUGAUACUUAUUACAGAUUCUCAAGAAAUUC